CCGUCUCCGGCCGAAGCGGGGGCCGCCACCCGCGCUGCCCCCUGCGGGGCGCCGCCCUUCGGGGCGAUGGUCGUGGCGCAGGUGGUCCGCGUCAGGAACAACACCACUCGGACGUUCCGCAUUCUGGCCGGCGACCCGUUCUACACGCCGCGCGUCGACGGGAAGCCGUGCGCGGGUGGCAGCAUCGAGGUGCCCCCUGGCUUCGACCAGGCCACCGAGAGCCUCGUGGUGCCGUGGAAGUCGCUGACGUGGGUGGGGCUCGAGGUCUCCGAGGAGGACCGGCCGGAGCAGCUCCUGCGCUGCGUCGUGGGCCCGCGCCAGGAGGACGACGGCCGCGACUGGCUGCAGUUCCGCGAUGCCCAGUGGGAGCCCGCGACGGAGGACCGGUGGCUGCCGAUCGGCCGGAGGCACAUGAUGGGGACCGUGGGCGCGGCCGUGGAGCUGGAGCUCACCUUCCGGGACGCCCGGAGCCAGGCCGCGGAUGAUGCCGAGCUUGCACAGAUCACCCACUUUCAGUUCGCGGCCCAUUGCGCGACGCCCCACACGGUCUUUCUCAACGUGUUCGACCUCGCGGGCGCCCUGUCCAUCCCCAAUCAGGUAUUGUGCAACACCGUCAUCAGCACCAUGGGGGCAUUCCAUGCCGCCGUGGAGGUGUACGGGGAGGAGUGGUCUUUCUACCGCACUCCGAAUCCCCAGGCCUGUGGCGUCUGCAAGAGCCUGCGGCCGCGGCACCACCCCGUGCACGUCUUCAGGCAGUCUCUGAACCUCGGGACCACCUCGCUCAAGGAGUGGGAGGUCAGGUACCUCAUCAAGGGCAAGCUCGCGGCGAAGUGGCCGGGGGGCAGCUACGACCUGCUGAACCGCAACUGCAUCCACUUCUGCGAGGAGCUCGUGCUCGCCCUCGGGGCGGACCAGGUGCCCAGCUGGGUCCGGGGCCUCCACGAGACGGGCGCCUCGGUCCUCCGGCUGCCCUGGCCCCUGUCCUACCUGCUCGGCUCCGGGGACGACUCGUCCAAGCGCAGGCCGCUGGCCGACGACGACCGCGGCACCACCGAGGACGACCGCUCCAUGGCCGCGCCCUCGGUGACGUCGCGCGCCGUGGACCCGAACUCCGCGCCGUCGGACGGGCGCUUCGCGGACCAGGACAGCGACGACGACGACGGCCUGGCGCCGCGGAUGGCCCCCGCGCGCGGGGGCGCAGCGCGGGAGGUGAAGCUGUGA